AUGUCUCAAAAGCAAUCCACGAUGGUUGGAGCAAUGACUGACGCGCCCGCUCCUCGCAAGAGAGGCCGGCCACGAGUGACGGACAAUCAGCAAUGUCCCGAGAGACGCCGAAAGCAACUUCGCGUCGCGCAGCAAUCAUAUCGCAAGAGAAAAGAUACCACGAUCGUCAAUCUGCAAUCUCGUGUCCAGAAACUCGAGUCGGGCAUCGAAGAGCUCAGCGAGUCGUUCCUUUCCUUUAGUGAUCUUCUGUUGGAGGCUGGGAUUCUCCAAAAUCAGCCUCGUGUCACAGCUGCUCUGCAAAAAAUCACACAGCAAUGCGUCUCGCUUGCCAAAAGUGGCUGCGACGAGGCCGAACAGGCACCGGCAGCCCCGGCGGAUGUAUCACAAUCAAUAUCUCCCACGCUCCGCGAUACACAAGAUUUCAUCUCAAAUCACAAUCCGCCUAUAACGCAGCUUGAUUCAUGGCCAAUAAUCGGUGACGCUUUCCAGUCCUCGUCGGAGGCUGGACUGUCACAGCUACCCUCCAAGCCACCCUUCCAAGAACAAGCAAUUCUACCCUUCGGCAUAGUCUCGUCGUCUCCGAAUAUCCCCUUCUCCACCUUGAAUUUCCCGACCAUAGUAUCGCCCGACAGCCUCUUAACGCAAGGGCGCUGGACGCUCUCGCACCGUCUGGUCCGACAAUGCUGCGAGACUGGUUACUAUCUAUUAACAAGAUCAUCUGCAGACGAUCCAAGAGUCAAAGCAGUCUUCGGAAAACGAUUGACCAUCGACGAGCGCGACCGCUUCAUCUUCGGGUUCUUCGCCAACAUGCACGACGAGAUGGGAGACACGGUCGAGUUGAGUACAAAAGUUCUCAGUUCAAGGAGGAGCAGCUACUCUCCUGAACAACUCACCGUUUCCUCUCGAACGUGGCAAAUGGUCCAGGAAUCGGGUGCUGAUGAGUGGAUGGAUGCGAGUGGUGUGCAAAGGCUGCUACAGCUGCGAGGGAUUCGUAUUCAGGACCCGAGCUGCCCCCAGGUUAAUUCGGCUCCGCAGCUCAACGCCGUGAGCUUCACUAAAUAUCUUUCCCUCAGCCCUAUCUGUCUCGGUCGCGGACCAGCGUUCCGAAAGCGCGAUGUUGAGAAAGCCAUUCGCCUUGCAACUCUUGAUGGAUGA